GUGGAGGAGUCGGUGGUGAUGGCAUUUGGCGGAGACUCGCGCAGUGGUGGCAUUGAGAUACUGAGGCGGGAGCGAGGUGCACGCAAGAAGCAGCUCUGGCGUGCGCCGCAGUGAGGUCCAUGGCUAUGUUCAUGAUCAUGUCAUGUCCAUGUCCAUGUCCAUGUCUACAGCUACAGCUACAGCUACAGCUACAGCUACAGCUACAGCUACAGCUACAGCUACAGCUAGUCGAUGAUGUCUGGACGACGUAAAAGAUAGAACACCAAGUACUAGCACGCAGCAACACCUCAAGACCAAGGCAGCAGACAAGGACGCACAGCUGAGGCAUGCAAGAUGGACAAGACUUUGUUCAUCCAGACCGUAGAAGCGUCCCUGCCCUCGCCGCAGCCGUUGCAGACGUAGACAGCGUCAAGGACGAGGGGGGCUACAGACGAGCUGGGUCGCGUCGCUCGCCGCCUAGAGAGACGCGUAGACCAUCUCAGUCGUAUGGAGAUCGCGACGAUUACAGAUACCGUCGAGACAGACGCAGGCAGUCACCCUCACCAGCACGCUCACAUUCACGUACAAGGGACUACGCACGAUCACGCAGUCCAUCGCGUCGGUCUCCUCGACGCAGCCUCUCACCACGUCCAGCUCAGGCAUCUCGAGCACGUCGUCGACCAGUACCAGAAGAUGCCCAAGAAAAAACGCGUGGAAAGCGUCUCUUUGGAUCACUACUCGGCACACUUGGCUCGGCGCAACGCCAGCUGAGCUCGACUGCCCAGCAAGCACGCCUUGCACAGCAGCAAGAGAUCCAGCAACGACAGCAACAACGCCUUCAGGAAGAAGCAGACCUGCAGAAACAGCAAGCGCAAGAGGCACACGCGUAUCGUGCUCAACAAGCAAGUCUCGAGGCAGACUAUGCGAAACGCCGUCGUUUGGCGUACUAUCUCUAUACGGAAACGGAACCCGUCUUACGCUACUUGCCAAAGAUGCUCUCGGAUGAGCAGCAAGAGAUCAUCGCAAAACAGGUGGACCAGGUGGAGCAGGAACGAGCAGAUGCAUUGAGCGCAUUCGAGCUGCGUUGGCAAGCGCAGCACAUCUUGUCACCACAGCUGCAAGCAAAGGAAGCACCGUCUGCUGUGGAUGUGCCAUUGCAGGUGCCAAAGGCUGAUUUGUGACUGUGUGUUGUGAUGUCAGCACGUACAAGUCGUCGACGUCUCGAUACUCUACAUCCAUGUCAAGUGCGCCGUCGCUGCUCAUCUUUGGCGGGGCUGGAUUCCUCGGUCAACGUGUGGCACAGUCUGCUAUUGCAAAAGGCUGGCAAGUCACUUCCAUCACCAGGUCAGGCGCACCGCCAGCUACAGGACAAGACUGGGAUAAAGUGCGGUGGGUGCGCGGGGAUGCAUUCGAGCCGGCGAGCUAUCAAGCAGAGAUUGCAAAAGCAAAUCACAUCAUCAGCACUAUUGGCAUUUUAGACUAUCGCGGAAUUCGCAAGCAAAAAUCGUGGCGCUAUCGUGUAGAUGCGAUAGGGUCGACUUUUUACGAUGCAGUCAAAGACACGACAACCUCAGACGCUCUCAACAUUUACGACCGACUGAAUCGCGACAGUCUCAAAGCAAUCGUUG